CACUCAUCUAUCCGUGCGUCAUGUCACCAAGUCUUGAAAUAAAAUAAAGAUUCAAAAGGCAACUGCACGUCACGUCCUGCUCCGUUGAGAAGACGCUGCUGUCGUGAUGUAAAUAAACCCACGUCGAGCUGAGCGGCGGGCGCCUCCACUUGGAGUGUAAAUCAAACUGAGGUGCGAGGCAGUGGUGGUGGCGUUAUAAGACAAAAUACUUGUGUUGUGUGCUGACAAAACAGUGUGGAGAUGAUGAUAAAGCUUGCCACAUAAUGUCCCUGUUUGGUGAGUGUGUGUGCAUUCUUGCUAAACAGUGAGCCCAGUGAGCACGGAGCUGUGGUGUGGUGGUGAGCAUGGUGGCGGGGCGGUGGCUGCUGCACCAUCGUGUGGCCGGGAGACUCGGCCCGAGGGCGUUUGGCACCAGAGUCCCAGCAAGGACAGCAGCCAGCACCAGUGAUGGGAGGGGCGGGGCUGCCAGUGAGGGGCCGGGAGGUUUCUUUAUCACCACCCCAAUCUUUUAUGUCAAUGAUCGGCCACACAUAGGCCAUUUGUAUUCUGCGCUGCUGGCCGACGCGGCGUGUCGCUUCCAGCAGCUGCAGGGUGUGGCAAGGGAACACAUCCUCUUUUGCACAGGGACCGAUGAACAUGGGCUCAAGAUCCAGAGGUCGGCGGAGGCUGGGGGGUGUGAGGUGCAGGCGUUCUGUGAUGCUGUCUCUCAUGAUUUUCAUUCACUGUUCGUGUCCACCGAUGUGAGCUUCACCGACUUUGUGCGGACCAGUGAGGAGCGGCACUGUGCCACAGUGCAGAAGGUGUUCCGGGCACUGGCCGACGGCGGGCACCUGUACCAGGGCCGCUACGAGGGCUGGUACUGCCUGGCGGAUGAGGCCUUCCUGGGGGAGGGACAGGUGAGGGAGGAGCAGCUCCCUGGUGGCGAGACUGCCAUGGUUAGUGCCGAGAGUGGCCGGCCUGUGGAGUGGCACAGUGAGGACAACUACAUGUUCCGCAUGUCAGCCUUCCGUGGGGAGCUGCUGCACUGGCUGAGGGCUGAGGGGCGGGUGCGGCCGCGCCACUUCCAGCACCAGCUGGAGCAGUGGGUGUCUGAGGAGCUGCCGGACCUGUCAGUGUCCCGGCCCAGGGAGCGGGUGCCCUGGGGGGUACCAGUGCCCGGUGAUGAGGGCCACACCAUAUAUGUGUGGGUGGAUGCCCUGGCCAACUACUUGACAGCAGCAGGUGGGUUCCCCACAACCAAGCCUUGGCCACCAGAUGUGCACGUGCUGGGCAAGGACAUCCUGAGGUUCCAUGGGCUGUGCUGGCCAGCUCUGCUCUUGGCGCUGGGCCUGGAGCUGCCCCGAGCACUGCUGUGCCAUGGCCACUGGACCAUCGGCGGCCAGAAAAUGAGCAAGUCGCUGGGCAACGUGGUGGACCCCCGGCAGGCAGCAGCCCAGUACACCAUGGCCGGCCUGCGCUACCUUCUGCUCCGGGGUGGUGCGCCCCACUCCGACAGCCCAUGGGGGGGCGCUGUGGCCAGCCGCAUCCUCAACGCUGAGUUAGCCGACACGCUGGGCAACCUGCUGAACCGCUGCACUGCCCCUGCCCUCAACCCCAAGGGCUGUGUGCCGCCCCUGGAUGUUGGCCUGCUGGAGUCGUCACUGUCUGGCCAGCAGCUGGCCCGGCACCUGGCAACCCUCCCUGACACUGUUGCUCACCACUAUACAGAUUUUAACUUCCACCACGGCAUAGAGGCCACCAUGGGGGCCGUGCGGCAGGCCAACGCCUUCGUGCAAGAGGAGCAGCCAUGGUUACUGGCCAAGGACCCCGCUGGCAUGCCCCGCCUGGAGCUGGUGCUGCGGCUGUCCUUCGAGGUGCUGCGCGUGGCAGGCGUGGCGCUGCUGCCCGUGGUGCCGGGGCUGUCGAUGCGCCUGCUGGAUGGUCUGGGGGUCCCUCCGGCCCUCAGAACCUGGCCCAGUCUGUCCCUGGGGUUCACCAAGCCUGACCAAGACUACCUGGGCACGUCCUUCACCCUGGGACCUCGACACAAGCUGUUCCCCAAGCUCAAGCUGCAGUAGUGGUGCCUGUGUUGGGGGGAUGCACUACACACACUGUGGCUGUGUGUUGUAGUGGUCUGCAGUCUUGCUGCUGUGUACAGUAAAUGUUUCAUUCAAAGUAAAAAACAAUCACUUCA